AGUCUACGCCCCGUUCGUCACUGUUACUUAUUUGUAAAGCAAAGUAUUAACGUUUAAUAGCCACAGCUGCCAGUUUCCCAACACUUCCUCCAUGUGAAGCACGGGACCUGUGUGCCCAGCUGGAUUGGUCCACCACAACAUCGGCUAUCAGUCUGCUACAUUCUCCCCGUCUCUGAAACAGCUAGCUAGCUGUCGCGGCACAGACACUUCUUACACCGCAGCUGAAGACGGAGCAGGAACCUCACAAUUCUCACGUGUGGGCCUAAGUAGCACGUUAAGGCGCAAUUCCCCCUGAGGUUCCCAUCUGAUGGAGCAGUGGUUGUCAGUCUUUGUGAAGAGGCACCAUGUUUCCUUGUCAUGCAACCCCCUGGCCCUCUGCUGAGCCGCCGGCCCCUUGCGGCAGUCAUGCACCCCCAACACAGCCCUCACAACCCCUGCCGGAUCUACUGUGUAGCUGUCCCGCUCCAGCUUUGAACACCCACUGCGAGACGCCCUCCCCAGACCCCAUGGAGUCCCUCAUCGUGGUCACGGAGUAUGAACCCAGCAGAUCGCCUGGGGAGGCUGGGGAGGAGGAGGUAGAAGAAAUGGACAGUUCUGAGACACCUGUGCCAGCUUCCUCUGUGGCGGCACCUUUCCAGACUCCUUCCUGUGACCUGCUGUCCCACACAGUUGGGCGGCCUGAGGCUCUCCUUCCUGAAAGCCAAGAGCAAAGGGGAAGGUUAAACCUGUCAGACAGGAAACUGUCUCUGCAGGAGCGCUCACAGACGACAGCAUCGCCCUGCAGCUCGCCGGGACUCAACGGGCGCUAUAUUUACCCGUCACUACCCUAUUCGCCCAUCACAUCACCCCACUCCUCUCCACGCUUGCCCCGCCGGCCCACUGUGGAGUCCCACAGUGUUUCCAUCACAGACCUCCAGGACUGUGUUCAACUCAACCAGUACAAGCUGAAAGACGAGAUUGGAAAGGGCUCCUAUGGUGUUGUCAAGCUGGCUUACAAUGAGGAUGACAACACAUACUAUGCGAUGAAGGUGUUGUCCAAGAAGAGGCUGAUGAGGCAGGCAGGUUUCCCACGGAGACCUCCCCCACGUGGAGCCAAAGCAGACCCAGAGGGCCCCCCCCAACUCAAAGGACCCCUGGAGCGGGUCUAUCAAGAGAUUGCUAUCUUGAAAAAGCUGGACCAUCCCAAUGUGGUGAAGCUAGUAGAGGUUUUGGAUGACCCCAGUGAGGACCAUCUGUACAUGGUAUUUGAACUGGUCAAGCAAGGGGCUGUGAUGGAGGUGCCGACAGAUAAACCUUUCAGUGAGGACCAGUCACGCUUUUACUUCCAAGAUCUGCUCAGGGGAAUCGAGUAUUUGCAUUACCAGAGGAUCAUCCACAGGGAUGUCAAACCCUCGAACCUGUUGGUGGGAGAAGAUGGACACAUCAAGAUAGCAGACUUUGGAGUCAGUAACCAGUUUGAGGGGGCUGAUGCUCUCCUGACCAGCACAGUAGGAACACCUGCUUUCCUGGCCCCAGAAGCACUCUCUGAGACCAGAAAGAACUUCUCUGGAAAGGCUUUGGAUGUUUGGGCAAUGGGAGUGACACUUUAUUGCUUCGUCUUUGGAGUGUGUCCUUUCAUGGAUGAGCGCAUCCUCAGCCUUCAUCAGAAAAUCAAGACUCAACCUGUGGAGUUACCUGAACACACUGACAUCUCAGACGAUCUCAAAGAUUUGUUGCUGAAAAUGCUGGACAAGAAUCCAGAGACCAGAAUAUCAAUCCCACAGAUUAAGGUGCACCCGUGGGUGACGAGGCACGGUGCUGAGCCUCUUCCUCUGGAGGAUGACAACUGCUGUAUGCUGAUUGAGGUGACUGAGGAGGAGGUGGAGAACUCUGUCAAACACAUCCCCAGCCUGGCUACAGUGAUCCUGGUGAGAACUAUGCUGAGGAAGCGCUCCUUUGGGAAUCCCUUUGACUGGGCCCGUAAGGAGGACCGCAGCAGCUUGUGUGCUCCAGGGCAAACGCUCAUGAAAGGCAGAGCAGGCAAUGUGAGAUACUGCUACAUUCAUUGUGGCCAAAGAAGGAAACAAGAGAGUGGUGAUGGCAUGAGGAGUAUGGACCUGCCCUACGUGGGAGAGGAUGAGGCUCUUUCCUGAUGCAGAGGGUUUAUUAUGCACGCUGGCAUCUGCCUGCCUGCGACCAGACAGCACGACACCCCUUUACUCACAGUUUUAUACUGAGCAGCCUACACCUUUGUACAUUUCCCAGGAGGUGGACAAGUACAGCGGACACAGAAAGAAGGGAGAAAUGAAGGAUAUAAGUCGCUUUGACAACAUUUCUAAAGCUUUUAUUCCAUUCUCUCCUCUUGAAAGGCUCAGUUUGGGGGUUGCAGGAUUUGAGACUAUCUCUUCUAGGAAAGGAUCCUCCUGAAUCGUGAACCUGUCUUCAGCCAUUAUUGCGCAACCCACUCUCCUCCUCUUAUCCUGCAUGCAUUUAUAGUCCUAGCAUGCUUUGUCUCAGGCUUCAACUGUACAGUUUCGUGGUUUAUUGUAGCUUAGCUACUUGUGUUUCUCCUUGUCUUUACUUGACAGUUCUUUCAGGUACACAGGGCAUGGGAACAGGCGACGGUUUGUCUUCACCAUCACCUCAACGUUCUCUUUAGGAGAGCAGGUUUCUUGACAUUGAUUGUCUGGUUCACUCUGCUUGCUUCAGAGUAGCAGUGCCCAGUUUUGUAAAAUAUUUUAGAGUAAAACAUCUGUACAGUUUUCCCAAAAUGAAAAAGGGGAGUGAAAAAAUGUUUACUUCAUUGAAUGCAUGUGUUUACUUUCCCAAUGCAAACACUAUAUAAGCUAUUUAUUAACAUUUGCACGCUCAUAGACACACUUGUUCAACUCAAUUUAUUUUUAGUCUUAUCACUGGCUCUUUAUUAAGGCUCCCACUUACACAAGAAAGCUUUAAAAACAGUUGAUAUAGUGCUUUGUGAAAAAGAUAGCAUAGAAAAAAAUUGUAUUUUCUUCUUUGCAAAGCGUGUGCUUCUUCUAGUGAAACCUUUUUAAGUGAACAAUGAUAUGAUUUUUAGGUGUUUGCUAUAUAUUUUUAAAUUCAUAGAGCUGCAACAAUUGAUUGGAUAAUGAAGGCACUGAUCUACCAAAUGCAUAUGAGAAAAGCAGAAUGUGUUGGUGCAAAAUGAUUCUGUAGCCAUUGUCUGUAAUGGUUAACAUAGUUGUUUUUGUUUUUUUAAUUGUUUAAACUGCUAAUCAGUUCUCUCCAGGUCGUGUGUUGUGAUGUGAGUUUCACAUUUCAACUGUGUCAUGUAUUUGUUUCACUUCUCAAAGUGGAGGUAUGUAUGUAGAAAACAAUGACUGUCAAACCUCAAGUUCUAAUUGUGAAUGUUCUUACUUGUUUUGCUUUGUAUUGUAAGAAUUGCAGGCGUUGUUUUAAAACCGCACAUUUUCAGGACACCAAAAACUUCAAUUGUGUCUAAUUUUUUGUAAAGUAUAGAAUGGUAACUUAAAAAAAACAAACCUUUAAACUAUUUGUUCUUUGUUGAGCUAUCAGAGCUGGCUACUGAAGCAAAUCUGGAUUUGGAAGCAUAGUGCACCUGCAGACUUUUUGUACAAAUCUAUGCAUGACGUAUCUGUAGAGGUGUUGAAAUUAAAACCUGUUGUCAUCUUUGGUCGGAGGAGUAGGCCACUCUGCAACUAUUUCAAAUUCAUUAGAAAUUACUUUUUUGUUUGUUGGUGUGUUUCAGUUUAAAGGAUCCCAAAGCAGUAAUCUAGUGCUUUUCCUCUUGUGUUGCUUUUGUUUACUUCUCAUUAGUUUUCCCAUGUUUAAGUGUAGGCAAAGCCACUUGGUGUGUCUCUAACAUAAAAUAUUGACACAAUAUUAAUUAUAACAUUUAAUGCUUCCACACACUAAUUACUUCAGCACUUCCGUGUUGAAUGUAUGAGAAAGGGAAUACUUGCAUGUCACUCUGAACUGUUUGUCUGUUUUUUAAGACUAGUACUAUGCAUUAGAUGUGUCUUUCUCUGUAUGUUGCAGUGUUACACCCUGGCAGAUUGUCACAUACAGUGUGCACACUCAGUGGCUGAAUGAGGAGGCUGUAUGUGGUUGACUGAUUCUGAUUCAUUUUUGCUUACCCGAUGUUUUAUCCAGAAAGACGUAAUUAAGUUUUGCUCUCCACUGUGGAGUGCAUUAAAUAAUUGAUUGUCAUAACAUUACUGUACUGUACUUUUGAAGGCCAUUUUUCAUGGGAAACUCAAUGAUAAUAGCCAAUGAUCUUUUAAUGGCCACAAUUAAGUCGGAAAAUGAAUUGCAAUUGAUUUUGUUAAAUGCCACCUCAUUUAACCAUGCUAUCCACACAUUUAUGAGGUUUUACGUUCUGUUGUACUUGCUAUAGACUAUUGUUAUCUGAAGAUGAAGUUUUUACCUUGAGCAAAACAAGACCGUUACUUCCCCGUUGGUGUAAAUAUUUUGCCCUCUGUAACCAACAGGGAUUAACUGAAGGACAGUUUGGGUCUGAAUGCAGGGUGACAGGGCAAGCCACAGUAAAACUGUAAGAUAAAUAUUUUAUACAUACAAUAUUUAAACCUGUAGUUUGUUUCAAUGCAGCCUUUGCGCAUUCCUGUUGAAGUGAUUAACCUUUAUUGUUCACAUGAUUUUUGCAUUCAAAGGUAUAAAUUUAUUUCAUUAAGAGCUUUGGUGGCUCUUUUCCCUAAAAAAGCAUGCCAACAUACUGAACACAUACCACUGUAUUGUCAUAGCAUGAGAGGUCCUUGACAACAAAAUGAGACCUUUAAAUUAAUUAUUCUAUACAUACUGUACCUUGUUCAUUUGAAUAAAACAAUAUUG